AUGGCCAUUAACACUCGUUACGUCGGCCGCGGGUCAUCACUCUUUCUGACCAGCGGCCACGACAGAGCUCAUCGAGAGCACCAACACCAACAACACCAUCUUUUACGUCGCGCAACCACUAGUGACCCGUCGGGCGCAUCACCAUCAGCAUUGCCCUCACUGCCCUCACCACCCUCACUGCCCUCACCACCCUCACCACCCUCACCACCCUUACCACCCUCGCCCGUAGUGACCGAAAUCGUACAGACAGUAUCCGUUAUCCAACAAAUCGUUGUCGACUUGACUGGCCAAACACUUGGGAUCAAUACUUUCACCGCCGAUUCGACUGGAGGCAUUUUACAACCACCUACAACCCCAUCAGGGAGCAUAACUCCAACCCCAACCCCAACCCCAACCUCAUCAGAGAGCUCAAUUCCACCCAAACCAGUAGUAUCAGAUCUGGUAAUAAGCAGUCCACGUCCAUCAGCUUCUUCAGCAAGCGGGACAGCUGGGGAGAUAUCCGAGAGCAAUGUAAUAGACGACCCUUCUCCCUCGCCAACCUCUUCCUCCAUACCGUCCUCACCUUCCGUUCAGAACGCGUUUCCAGACUCUGCCGUUGCACCAAUUUCUUCGAUACCCACAACUUUUGCUUCCAUUCUUGCUGGAUCUAAUUCCACCUCUUUAAUAUAUAUAUCUUCCGUCACCUCCUUUACCUCCGUCACCUCCGUCUCUACCGUCCCUUCGACUUCUUCGAUCCCACCCAUCUCAUCGAUCUCCUCCGCCUCUAUCCCACUGGGCUCGGUCUCUUCCGCCUCUUUAAUCGCACCCGCCUCUUCGGACACUUUAUCCCCAAGUCUUUCCGAGUCGAUAUCAACUCUCUCGAUAUCCUCUUCCUACUUGCCGAGCUCUACCGUCGCGGAUCUGAUUUCGUCCAGUACCACAUUUUCAGGUGCAUCCUCGACAUCCGUAAUCGACUCCUCAGUAUCUUCCACCCAGUAUCCGACAUACUCCCGCGAAUCAUCGACAUUGUCGUCUACCUCUGCGUCCUCAUUCUACUCGCCAUCUCCCUCGUCCAAACUCGCCUCUUCUACCAGUAGUCCCUCCGCUACAGAACAAGGAUAUGACGCGAAUAGUACACCUACCAGUACUGCCGGUGCUGGUGGUGACGCUGAUUCAGAUUCGUCGUCCGGGACAUCUACAUCGACUAUUGUAGGUGGCGUUAUCGGAUGUAUCGCUGGAGCGGCGAUCUUAGUAUUUCUCCUCAUGUUACUGAUUCGGUGGAAGAAGCGCAACCAAUCAUUACAUAGUUUGACUGGUGCACAAGGUUACGAUGCUGCAGGGGCGACUCGGGAGCUGCCGCCGUCUCAGCCACUUGGCGGAAUGACGGAGAGACCAUCUGGUGGGGGCCUUGCCGCUCUGGCGGGUCUCACGGGACUCAGACGAUCGUCGCAGAGAAAUACCAUGUCGUCGGCGGCCGAAAGCGAGCGAGGAUUCUACCGUGUCUCCGGAAGGAAGCUGCCAUCGGUGCUGCACAAUGGCGGUGAUGGAUAUGGCGGAGGUAUUAUGGUGCCCGACACCUCCAGCGCGUCAUCGUUUUACAGGGACUCGCAAGGAUUUUAUGGCAGUCCGCCAUUGUCACCGCCGAUACAGCGAGAAAGUGGAGUUCCAGUCAUGAGAGAAAGUCCGGCCCGGACGCCCAUCACAGAACAAAGCCCGUUUCCCGAUAUUCCAGAGGCGCUGACUCCUCCGCCGCGCCAGGAUCGAAUACCGUCUAUAGCCGGGUCUCAGCAGUCACGAUUCACGGAGCAGGUUUGA